UUCUGAAUAGAGGAUUGGUCAAGCUAUACAUACACCACGCCUACAUUCUGCGUUAUGGCGGCGCACCAAAGAAAUAAGAUACACAAUCUGUUAUGAAGGAAGGACUAAGCUAUGUAAUCAAGUCUAUAAUUGUGAUAAUUUUGAAUAUUAAUGUGGUUAUUGAAACGUGUUUAAAAAGUGAACAGUGAUAAAUCGGAUACGAUAUUUCAAAUCAUUUUAACGUCAAAUUGUGAAAAUUAAUUAAUUUACUGCAGUGAAUACGACUUUCCUAUAUUGUGUCAUUGACUCGAGUCGAAGUGUCAAAAUCGUCCUAACUUGUUUUCUGAAAUCUAAUCAAGAUAUUUACCGAAAAUUUGUUUAUUAAACAUCGUUCAGUUGUUUAAAAUGAGAUCUAAACAAUAUAUUUCUGGCUAAUCAUUGUUAUUAAAUAGACAAUUUUACUUCUGCUACAAUUUACACGGAAAUGAAAAGAUGUUUUUAUAUGUAUAUUAAAGGUACAUGUUAAAUAACAUAAUGAAAGACUUUUUCAUGUAAUUACAUGUUGAUUUGCAAAAUAUGAUACCGCUGGAACAAAAUUACAGAACAUUCGGUAGGAUGUGUUUAUUUAAUGUUGUUUAUCAUUGAUCACAUCUUUACUGAGGCCAGAGAGUGAUGCCGGUUCAUCAGAUCAAUGUUAAUCCGCCUGACUGGCAACCACCUCUGUCACUUGGUCCUUCCAAUAAUAAUAGCCCUGCUGGUGGUGAAGGUUUACCAGAAUGGACACCAAGGGAAUCAACAUAUGCUACAGUAGUUACCAUUAUACCAGAUCAUUGUCAUUCAUCUGUCAGCACAUUGUCUUCAAGCAAUCAUGAUAUUUGUAGAAUAUGUCACUGUGAAGGGGAAGAAGGUGCUCCUCUUUUAGCACCUUGCUACUGCAGUGGCAGUUUACGUUAUGUACAUCAAGCUUGUCUUCAGCAAUGGAUAAAAGCUUCGGACACACGUGCUUGUGAAUUAUGUAAAUUCACAUUUAUUAUGCAUGCUAAAACAAAGCCAUUUUGUGAGUGGGAAAAACUUGAAAUGUCUGCUCUAGAAGUUCGCAAAUUAUGGUGUACAGUUGCUUUCCAUGCAGUAGCUGCACUUUGUGUGGCUUGGUCUUUAUACGUACUUGUUGAACGAUCUGUAGAAGAAGCUCGACGUGGAUACGUAGACUGGUCUUUCUGGACUAAACUAAUAGUUGUUGUAAUUGGUUCUACAGGAGGCUUAGUUUUUAUGUACAUUCAAUGCAAAUCGUACAUUACACUAUGCAGAAAAUGGCGAGCAUUCAACAGAGUAAUAUUUAUUCAAAAUGCUCCUGAGAAAGUGGUGCUUCCUCCCUCACCUACAGAUUCUUUGAGAGAAGUAACAUUACCUUUAAAGGAUCCAACUGCCUCUAUGCCUGAGCUCAAUCAUACUUAUUACCCUAACAUAGACCCUCCAUGUGCCUCGCAGAUGGUGAAACCAGAUUCUGCCGCGCCUCCUCAAAGGCACGACGCUCAAUUGAAACUUUAUGUAUUUGAUAAAUUAUCCUCAUCCGAAGAUAACUUGUAAUACGAUUGGAGUGUAAUACAGAUUGGCUGCUAAUUGUGUAUUAAUAAUUAGCAAAACAUGUAAUGCAAGUAUAAACACGUGUCUAGAAGAAAACUAUAAUUCUAGACUACAAUACGAUUUCGAAAAAUCGAAAUUUCUAUUUCGAAAACUGUCAGAGGUCCGCCUAUGGAGCACAUUUAUCUGAAAUCUAGUACUUCAGUGCUUACAUUGACAAUGGGAUAUUGAAAAUGUUUGAACCAUCAGGCUAAACAUUGUUCUCUGACAAUUGUGUACAUAAUAUUGUAUCUGUGAUGUUAUUAAAUAAACUUUACCAUAUUUAAACAGA